UGCACUUUCGUCAUUGCGGCAACGGUGAUUCGCUCGACCCCCCGUUUGGGCAAGUGCUACGUCAUUUCUGACGAUCGGCUAUCCAGCCUCACCAAACUGGCAAACACGAGGCCAGAAACCGGUUUAUGUCAUGGACCAACAUCAGAACACAUCGAAGCGAGGGGGAGAUGUUGGAUUGGAAAGAGGUGAAAGGUGCAGAGGUUCUCACGGAUAAAGAUGCCGGUAUCCCUCCGCACUUGACAAGCCGGGCUUUCGGCGCACACACUUUCUUACCAUAUCUGCUCAUACUGGCUGAAUUGUGAGCGAGGACAACCCUUGAGGCACUAUUACCAAUCCCAACCCUAUUUCGACGACCAUAACUCCAUCUGGGACAACCUAGAACCCUCCAAGAUGCCAUUCUUCGGAAGCCGAAAAGAAGACGAAGUGGUCGAGGAGCCCAUCGUGCACGAGGAGCCUCCCAAGCGCCACGGCCUCUUCGGCAGCCGACGGGAGCGCUCUCUCUCGCCUUCCUCCACCGUCCGCACUAGCACCACGAACCACUCAAGCAUGACGGGUACAUCCUACCACACCUCGCCCACUCACAGCCACGGCGGUGGCGGCGUGUUCCGCAGAUCCACUGACGCCAGCGCAUCAUCAGGCCGCAAGUCGCUGCUCCAGCGCACCUUUGGAAACGGCAACGGUGUCGAAAUGGACCCAUCCAUCGUCCAGGCCCGUGAGCGCGUUAUGAGCGCCGAGAACGCCGAGCAAGAGGCCGAUCGUGCGCUUGAGGCGGCGCGGAUUCGUGUCCAGGAGGCAAGAGAGGAGGUGAAGAGGUUGGAGUUGGAGGCUAAGGAGGAGGCGAGACGGGCAAAAAUUAAGCAGUACCAUGCUCGGGAGGUGUCGAAGAGGGGAAAGCAACUUGGCCGUCACGAUGUGUAAAUUCCUUCUCAUGGUUUGAUGUCUUGCGUUCCACCUCCAUACGUGGAUUGGACGAUUUGAUUUUCAUUUGUACAGCGACAUUGCAGACACAUUUGGCAUGUAUCUUUCCACUUAGGGUAGCGAGGCGCGAUAUGACUUGGUGUUUACUUGUAGACAAUACUAAUUUGAUUUAUAUUUAUUCGCUUUUUCAA